AUGCUCCGGGACUCCCCGUCUCUGUGGGAGCUGGUAGAGGAGCACGUUCCGCUCCCGGAGCGGCCCGAAGUGAAGAGGAUUCUGGGCGAGACGACGGUGGACCUGAGCCUGGAGCUACGAGCAGAGGUGGUGAUGCUACAGUCACUGCUCCAAGAGGCUCGAUCCUCCCAAGCCUCUGGCUCCCGCCCCACCUCUGAUCCCUCCUCCCUUCUGGCACCACCGCCCCUCCUAAGAGACUUCAUGCGCCAAGAACUGAGGCAGCUGCUCCUAGGGCUCCGCCAGAAGGCCAUCUGCGAGGGCAGGGACCAGACCCAGGCUUGGGUCCAGUAUAGCCCCAGGGUCCUGCGCUUUGCCUUGGAGGAGCCUAGGUGUGAUUUGCCAGAACAGGAGGUAUUGCAGAUGAGAGCUGGUGAACUCAGCAGCGGUCAGAGGGACCUCAGCAUCAUCAAGGACCAACUGAAUGUGUCCAGCAUCGACCAGGUUGCUGGACACCUGCGGAGCCUCCUAGAGGAGGAGUGUCACACCUUGGAGAGGAUGAUCCCUGUCCUGCAGCGCUGCCUGGAAGAGGAGUACACAAGGGCACCCCAGCCCUCUGAGGCAAGCCUAGCGCCCACCCUGGCAGAGCUGAAGGAGCAGAAGGCAGCCAUGCGCCGGGAGCUGCAGGCACUUCCGAGGCCCUCCCAUGUCUCCUCCAGCCUCAGACAGCAGCCCGUGGGAUCCUCCAGCCCGGGGCUCAGACCCCGGCCUUGCCCCCUCCGGACGGCUGGGGUUUGGACAGGGCCUGGCCGGUGCUGCCUGCCCGCCCCACCUCCUGAGUGCUGCCCUCGCCCCCGACACCUGGCUACCACCUACCGCUGGGGCCGGAAGCUUCAGGGCAGCCCUGGGGAAAGGCCAGUGUCUACUCCAGCAUCCAGCACAACACCCCAGGCCUCCACCUGA